UAAUGGUCAUUUUUUAUAUCGACAUUUUUACCCGGAACUAACGCUUUUUUCACUCUAAUUAUUUAAUUUAAUAAUUAUUAACUAAUUUUAUCAUUGCAAUGUUAUAUUAAACUGUCAAUUAGAUUCUGUUUAAGGUGAAACUAAAAAAUAGUUUAAUAAUAAAAGAGAUUUAUAAAGUACAAAAGGCCCUGUACUGCUGUGAAACGUCAUGGAAGAAUUGUAAACAAGUGCAAAAAAACACGUGUACUAAAAAAAAUAAAUAAAGUCAUAGGAAAUUAAACGUUCUCAAGCCGAUACUUUUUAAUUCUCUAAUAUACUAAGUUUUGGCAAUUCUAACCUUAAAAAUAAUGGCUUCAAAAUUCAAGAAAUCUCGGGAAUCGAGAAUUCAAAUGGAAGAACACGGUGUUAUUAACAAUCUUGAAGAGCCUUGGAGUUUAAGAAUUUUUAAAGAGAAUUUCAAGAUUAAAAUAGUCAAGGAAUCAGACAAUCAAAUGGAAUUAGAAUUUGAUUUAAUUGGAUGUCAAACUUCUUUGGCGAAUGCAAUUCGCAGAAUUCUUAUAAGCGAAGUGCCAUCGAUGGCAAUUGAGAAAGUUUUUAUUAUGAAUUAUAAUAGUAUAAUGCAGGAGGAAGUAUUGGCUCACAGACUUGGACUCGUUCCACUACGAGCUGAUCCUAGAUUAUUCGACUAUCCAUCAAACGAAGGAAACAAAGACGACGAAGUGAGUGAACACGAUACUUUGAGGUACGAGUUGAAAAUUUCCUGUUCGCACAAUAAACAAGCUUCUAAAGAAUCGAGAAGACUUGAAGAAAUGUACAUUAAUCACAAGGUUUACAGUAAUGAUAUAAAAUGGGUGCCAAUUGGAAAACAAUGCGAAAUUUAUCCGGGAGGCGAGGAACAAGUUGGAGUAAUUGACAAGGACAUUUUAUUAAAUGUAUUGAAUCCUGGUCAUGAAAUGCACAUUUUUAUGCAUGCGGUCAAAGGCAUCGGCAGGGAUCACGCAAAAUUUUCUCCCGUCUCAACUGCAUUUUAUCGAUUAUUGCCCAGAAUUACGUUGCUAAAAACAGUGAAAGACGAGAAGGCAGAAAAAUUGAAGAAAUGCUUCAGUCCAGGAGUUAUCGAAUUAGUGAAAACAGAAGGAGGCGGAAAAGAGGCUCAAGUGAUAAAUUCGCGAUACGACAGUUGUUCUCGUAAUGUUGAACGUCACGAGGAUUUGAAAGAUUGCGUUUCACUCGAAAGAGAACCGAAUCAUUUUAUUUUUACCAUCGAAUCUGUCGGUGCACUUCCGUCUUCAGUUCUUUUUGUCGAAGCCACAAAAAUCCUCAAAGGUAAAUGUCGAAGUUUUAUCGAACUCUUGGAUUCUAUUAGCUAGUUAAUAUUAAUUUCCCUAAUUAAGUCGUUGUGAAAAGAAUUUUACAGCGUAGGAUUGUAAUAAAUUUUCAUAGAAACCAUAAUAAAAUGAACUUAAAAUUGGUUUCUGCUCUAAUUGUAAGAUUAAUAAUAAACGAAAAAAAAAAAUAAAUUAAGUUUUUAACAAUUUUGUA